UCUUGAGCCGCUUCGAUACCGGUUUCAGAUGUUGCCAAUGAAGAAUACAGGAAAUGACUUUCCCAUUCACGAAGUUGGUUUGCAGUCUGGCCUCACUUCCUCAGAAAACGAGCAGAUGACCAAUGGCCAACAACUAGCUCCUCAAAAAUCCACUGUCGAGAGUCAUUUUGAAACUAAAGUCGUUACAAUUCGACAAGUUGCUCCCUUGGUCCUCAGUCUCACUGCUGCAAAUUUUCUCAAUGUAUGUUCAAAUUCAUUUUCGAAUGGGUUUCGUUUUACUGAUGCUAAGCAGACACUUUCUAUCCAAUGUGUGGUUAUACUACUUCCGCAAAUUACCAAGGCGCUGGAUAUUCCAGCUACGCGGCAAGAAUGGGUAGUAUCAGCAUACGCGUUGACAUCGGGCUCAUUCCUUCUACUCUUUGGAAAGUUGGGUGACGUUUAUGGGAAGAAAAUCAUGUUUCUUAUCGGCUGUUUUUGGGUUACUGCAACAGCACUUGGUACUGCUUUUUCACCGGUUGAAGUUUGCUUGUGCGUUUUUCGUGCACUUCAAGGCUUGGUAUGUUCAUCUGCUCGUUUAUACGUAAAACAAUAUACUCAUGACAUGGAAAGGCAGCGGCUCUCACAAUUCCAAGUGCAAUCGGUAUCAUUGGCUAUACCAUACCUCCAGGGCGGGUCAAGAAUUACAGCUUUGCCUUUUAUUCCGGAGGCGCUCCGGUGGGGCAAGUAAUGGGAAAUCUCCUCGCAGGUUUCACUUUUUAAAUCCUCGUACUGAACUAACAAUCAGUUCUCAGGGAGGGAUAAUUUCACAAUACACUAAGUGGACAGUUGUUUUCUACGCAGUCGCCGGGACUUCAUUUCUCGUAGGACUUUGUUCAUUGUUUGCAAUACCAAAAGAGCCAUCAAGAGGAAUAAGCAGUGAUUCUCAACCACGAGCGUCAGGUGUCGACUGGUCUGGGGCAUUUCUAUAUACAUCUGGAACACUUCUUCUCCUUACGGGAUUAUCCGAAGGCACUUCUCAAGGAUGGAAAACCCCUUCUGUCAUUGCGAUUCUCAUCCUUUCUACCAUUUUCUUGGUCCUGUUCGUCUUCUGGCAGCAUCAUUUGGAAACAAAAACAACCCAAGAGCCCCUAAUGAAAGUUUCUACAUUCAAGACUGGAAGAUUUUCCGUGGCCAUGGCUAUCGUUUGUUUGUUCUCCGGAUCAUUCACAAACUUCUUGGUCUAUUCGACAUACUUGUAAGUAUUCCCGACAAAGAAUUGAUGAAGCAUUACUGAGCCUCCGUAGUUAUCAAGAUUAUCAGUUGCUUUCGCCACUUCAGACAAUGCUUCGUUUCAUACCCCUGGGUGUAUCUGGAAGUAAGUAUCCAUUAGUCUCUUUUUUUCAUCUUUACUAAUUCGUACAGUUUGCUGCACAAUUGCGUCAGGUUAUCUCCUCUCACGUAUAAAAGGAAAUUACAUCCUUAUCUUUGGUCUCCUCGCUGCCGCAAUCGCAAACCUUCUUUUCGCAGUUCGUAUCCCACCUUCAACGUUAUAUUUCGCCUACGGCUUACCGGCCAUGCUUCUCGCAGCCAUGGGGGCUGACACUAUAUACCCUUGCCUCGGUUUAUUUGUUACUCAAGCUUUGCCACGGAAGGACCAAAGCCUUGCUGGAGCUAUGUUUCAAACAGUUGCCUCACUAGGACGGGCUAUGUUUCUGCCUGUCGCUGCUGCGCUUCAAUAUGGUAUCCAGGAUCGUCUAGUACUGGAAGGUCAAGAGGAGAGAGCCGCUUUACUAGAAGGACUCAGGGCUGUGGAGUGGUUUUGUUUUGCCUUAGCAGCGUUCUCACUUGGGAUGGCGGUUGUAGGGUUGAGAAAUAUUGGAAAGAUUGGUUUGCUGAAAAAGCUGGGGAAUGUGCAGUCUAGGAUGAAAGAAGGAGAUUUGGAACAAAAGUAGCAAAAAUAUACUUAUUCUUGCUUCAAGUUCAGAUUUCACUUCUCCAUAAGCAAAGGUUGUGGUAAACAUCUUAUUCAGCGUUCUACAAUUCUAGGUUAGCGCAAGCGAUGAGCCUAACUCAUUGGGAUAAGCUGCAAUAUGCUAGAUUUGCAAAAGUCAUAUUGGAUACUCCAGGU